AUGAAGCUCCCGUUCAUUCCCGCCGGGCUUAUGCUCCUGGCGUGUCAGAUACUCGCCGUGCCCAUUGAUAUUGACCCUGAAAUCGAGGCAUCAAAGCGGAUCGAUGAACUUCAUAAGCAGUAUCAACACAACAUCUUCAAAACUAUCAGCAACCGAACCACAGGCUGCACCAGCAAGAACAUCCAGCGCCGCAAGGAAUGGAGCACCCUAUCUAAAGAAGAUAAACACGCCUUCAUCACAGCCAUCCACUGCCUCAACACCCUCCCUGCCCGCACCCCCUUAACCACCGCCCCAGGUGCCCGCUUUUUGUAUGACGACUUCAUCGUCACCCACAUCCACCAAACCCCUGCCGUCCACGCCUCGGGUCUCUUCCUCCCCUUCCACCGGCACCUCGUCCACCUCUUCCAAAACACCCUCCGCACGCACUGCGCCUACCACGCACCGCUCCCCUACUGGGACUGGACAAAGACAUACGCCGACCCGCGCAACGCGGACGUGUUUGACGGCUCGGAAUACUCCCUCGGCGGUAACGGGGUGUAUGUGCCUGGCCGAAACCCCACGCGGAUUUCGCUGCCCGGUGGGCUGAGCAAGGAUAUCCCGCCUGCUACGGGCGGUGGGUGUGUGACGUCGGGUCCCUUUGCGGAGGGGAGGUUUGAGGUGCGGUUGGGGCCGGUGGGUUACGAGCCGCGAGGGCCGGAGGGCGGGCUGGGGUAUAACCCGCGUUGUUUGACGAGGGAUUUGAGCCCUGAGUUUGGGUAUGGGACCAGGCCCAGCGCGGUGACGGAGUUGGUGGAUGGGUGCGAGGAUGUGGAGUGUUUUAGUGUUGGGAUGGACGCGCCGAGGGGUGUGCCGGGUGGGAUUCAUGGUUCGGGGCAUUGGCAGGUUGGGUUGAAUGCGCUGGAUGUGUAUGCUAGCCCGAGUGAUCCGGUGUUUUGGCUGCAUCAUGCGCAUGUGGAUCGGGUGUGGGCGUUGUGGCAGGGGCAGAACUUGGAGGAGAGGACGUACCAGGUGUGGGGGACGUUGACAGCGGCGAAUGAUCCACCGAGUGAGGAGGCAACACUCGACACACCGAUGGACUUUGAGGUUCUGGGCGAGCCGAGGACGAUCAAGGACACUUCUUCGACCAUUGAUGGGGAGUACUGCUACGUCUAUGAGUAG